AGCUGAAGCUCCGCGGAAGUUCACGUCCUAGUACGGACUUCCUAUACAGCCGUUGGAGGAACGAACUACUACGGCUCCGCGGAAGUUCCCGUCCUAGUACGCACUUCCUAAACCUCAUAAACCUCGUCAACCUCAACCUCAAGAAACGACAUCAAGAUGGUGGACGCAUUCGACGAUGACCGGAUGAUGUUCGGUGGCCCCCGGAGGGGGGACUACGCAGACCACCUACUAAUGGACGGUCUCGAGGACACCCUAGAUGAUCGACAGGGAGCUGGUCGUGCACAGGAAGAUGUGACAGUGACGUUGAUUUUGAACUCUUAUGGACUGGACAUCUAUCGGUUUAGACUAAGUAAACGUUUAGGCAUGUCUAAUCGUGUAACCUUUUAUAGUAGUUCUAGUUGUGAUCUAGUAACUAUCGCUUUGAAUAAGAGGAAGACAGAGAAGAUUAUUUGCUUCAUCACAUUCAUCACAUCAGCACUUUUCAGGAGAUCAACAUCACUGGUCUUUAGGGUUUGCUUGCUCUUCAUCCUCCUCAUCAAGCUCAAAUAUCACAUUUAUACCAAGGACAUCCAGGACAUCUUCAAACACAUUCACAUAAAAGUCUCUACGGUCACUAUGAAAGGUGAUAACAGGGACAUUAGCAUGCAGACCUCCAGCACUACUUGUCUUCUAAGUUGUACAAGAUCAUGACGCACA